AUGACAUUCCUGAGUUUUACCACAUGGUCGGCUGUAAGUCCUCGCCUUAGCACACUCACGACAAGUUGGAGUCCCUGGGUUUCACCUCAUGGUAUUCCCAAGACAACUUAUUUGCAUCAAAAUUUUAUAUUUUUUGGCUUUCGUCAAUAUCAUUUGCGCGCAUAUAUACUCCAAAAAAAACCCUCCCCUUCUCUUUGUCAUCUCUCAACGCCAUCCCCAUCGCCACCUCAUGUCGCCGUCACAACUGGUCAUUUUCGUUGCCGCUGUCGUAGUCACCAACACUACCUACCGUCCCUUGCCAAACUAAUUUCUAUUCUCCUGAUUCACCCUUUUCUCAGACCCAGCCUUCGACCCCAUCACCAACGCCACCUAUUGUCGCAGUUGCGAUCAUCGUCACUUGUCGUUGAUGCGUCCAUCACCAUCCCUUGCCACUGGAAAAAGCUAUAUCUACCUCACAUUAUUCCCAGCCUAACAAGCUUGAAUAUGAAAUGGCCAUGGACUGGUGCUUAUUGCAAGAAAGUUGGAGCCUCACCUGGACAGAACUGCAGAAGAAAGAUGAGAAUGAAGAGAGUAGUGAGAGUUCCAGUGAUUAGCCUCAAAAUGUUUGAUAUUCCACCAGAUGAUUACCUCUUGGAGAAAAUAUGGACAGAAACCAAUUAAAGGUUCUCCUCAUCCAAGCUGCAGCAUCAACAUUCAGACGAUUUCAUUCCACGAAUCAAGGCAUGAUAUGAUAAUAUGAAGUGGUGAUAUUUAUGAGGAUGAGGAUGAGGAGGGAGUUGAAAAUGACGAUGAUGAAUAUGAUUGAAUUGCUUUAAGUUAAGUUAUUUAAUCGAGUCUUAUGAUAAAUUGAUGAAAUACUAUUUGAUGUAUUGGAUUAUUUGAUGAAAUACUAUUUGAUGUGGUUUUAGAUUCGUGA